GCUAUGGUAUCAGGGCAUCUACUACACAACUGUUUGUCUGAUCACUGAUGAUUACUACAAAGUAACUAAGCCAUGUAAAAACACACCGUUUACCCUGGCAGAGGGACAAACAGCUUGCUGUUGAGGCAUACUCUGUGGCUAAUUUCCACAUAGGAUUGACCGUGAUGGAGUGAUAAAGGUUGCAGAUUAUGGACUAACUGAGGACAUGUAUGGCACCAACCACUUCCGUCGGGAGAGGGGAGAGGGUGGGAGUGAGGAGAAGGUGCCCAUCAGGUGGAUGGCUCCUGAGAGCAUUGAGGAAGACAUCUACACUGAGGCCACUGAUGUGUGGUCAUUUAGAGUGACGGUGUGGGAGAUCUUCACUUGUGGGAGGAUCCCAUACACUGGUAUUCCAGCCAUGGGUCUCCUGAAGGAACUGCAGAGAGGACAGAGACUGAAGAUACCUUACAAUGAGGCCUGUCUGGAUGAAGUAUAUGAGAUCAUGAUGAGUUGCUGGUCACUGGACUCCAAUGCUCAUCCGCUGUUCAAGGAUUUGGUGGGCAGGUUCAGUGAUCUUCUUGAGAGGGAAUCAGACUACCUGGAGUUGUCUCAGUCUCUCUGCUGGAAGGGGGCUGUCUCUCACACCCCUCCACCCUCUUCUCCACCUACUGAACAAGACACUACAAUAACUGAGGAAGAACCAAUCUGAGAGUAAAUAGAUAAACACAAACUGCAUGAAGCCAGCUGCUUUGUGUAAGCAUACUUAUUAAAGUGCUUUUCAGGUCAUAGUAUCUGAAUGUUACAAUAUCUGAUUGAAUUUCAUAAUGUUCUUGAAUAU